AUGGAUUCAACUAAACUUUAUAGAAUCAAUGAUGAGAUUGUUGAAGAUAACAAUUGUUCAGAGUCUGUCAACUGCUUAUCAUGGAAGAAGGAGGCAUUAAAGUUGGCCAUUGAUCAAAAGGUGUUUGAUGAUGAACCCUUGGCACUCAUCUACAACUUGGAUCACUUUAGACAGUUGGCCAAAGAAUCGAAUGACAACUUCCAAGGUAUCCAAACAAUGGCUGUCAAGUCAAAUCCUGUUUUGAGUCUUUUGAAGGAGGCCAUCAAAGCUGGACUUGGUGCAGAGGUGGCAUCAUUUGGUGAACUUAGAAUUGCAGAAUUGGCUGGAUUCCCUGUUGAGAAAAUCAUCUAUGAUUCACCAAUCAAGACAAGGAAAGAGUUGGAGUAUGCCCUUAGACUUGGUGUCAAGUUGAACGUUGAUAACUUGCAAGAGUUGGACAAAGUAGUCGAGAUUGUCAAUACUCUACCAGAGGACAUCAAACAAAGAGUUAGUUGUGGUAUCCGUAUCAAUCCACAGGUUGAGGCAGGCAAGUAUGCAGACUUGAGCACUGGUGUACCCACUUCAAAGUUUGGCAUUGGAAUGGAGUAUCGUGAUGAGAUCAUCCAGGCCUACAAGAAUCACAAGUGGAUCACCGGAGUACAUCUCCAUGUUGGCUCACAAGGAUUCGAGAUGGAUCAGACCAGCAAUGGAAUUCUCAAAGUCUACGAGUUUGUCAACGAGAUCAAUCAGAUCACAAACAAACAGAUCAAGUUCUUCAACAUCGGUGGAGGACUAUCGGUGAACUUUAACACAGAGGUGGACACACCAACAUUCACUCAGUACGCCAAUCACUUGAGACAGAAGAUUCCAGGAUUGUUCAAUGGUGACUUUGUGCUGAUCACAGAGUUUGGAAGAGGAUACUUUGCCAAGUGUGGAUAUGUGGUCAGCAAGGUGGAGUAUACCAAGCGAUCAGGUGGUCGUGAUAUUGGAGUGGUGCACGCUGGUGCCAACAUGUUCAUCAGAACAGUCUACCAAUUCCCAUUAUGGAAGCUCAGAGUAUCAGUGUUUGACGAGCGUGGUGACUUCAAGGAUGGCAAGGACAACAGCUCCAUCUAUGAUCUUGCCGGUCCCUGUUGCUUUGCAGCUGAUCUCCUUGUCAAGGAGAGGAAACUACCCCAUAUUGUACCAAAUGAUUAUGUGGUCGUUCAUGAUACUGGAGCAUAUAUGUACAGCUCGUACUCACAUUACAACCUCCGUCUUGCACCACCCAUCUACGCUGUGGAGCAAUCAGAGAAUGGAACAUACCAAUUCAGUCAGAUCAAGUCCUCCGAGACCAUUGAGGACAAGAUCAAAUUCUUCUCAUAA